AGGGUGAUGGGAGCUGUAUAGAAAGAGACUUAUGCUUACUUCACCUCCUUCCUCCUAUCUCGCUCUUCCUUAUCUUCCUUAAUCUUUUUCUUAAUUUCAUUCAUUCACUCACUCCCAACUAGAGAGAACAGAGACAUGGGGAAUUGUCAAACCAUAGAUGCUGCAGCGUUGGUUAUACAGCACCCAAGUGGGAAGAUAGAGAGGCUAUAUUGCCCUGUUAGUGUUAGUGAGGUGAUGAGAAUGAACCCUGGUCAUUAUGUUUCUUUGAUUAUUCCAUUGCCUGUAUCUGGGGAUCAAGAAAACCAAGACCACGUCAAAACUGUGCAGUUCACCCGUGUUAAGCUUCUCAGGCCGAGCAAUACUCUUGCACUUGGUCAUGCUUAUCGACUUGUUACUACUCAAGAAGUUAUGAAGGUGCUACAGGCAAAGAAGUACGCGAAAUUGAAGGGACAGCAGCAGCCAGAAUCGGUUGACAAGAACAAGUCACAGCUGCAGGUAGCACCAGAGAAGAAGCAAAGUACAGAUUGCGAGACAAGAAAGAAGUCUAACAUAGAGAAGGAUUACAGGGUGUCCAAACAUGAAAGACAUCGACACAGGAUGCCAUCAAUUAACUCUGCCUCCCUAAGGUCAAAGUCAUGGCGCCCCUCUUUACAGAGUAUCUCUGAAGCUGGGAGCUGAUGGUAUGUCAAAUUGCAACCUGCCUUGUAGCCAAUAAAAAGUGCAAUAGAUUGCUUCCAUCAUUUACAGAUUUUGGCCAUAUAAUGGACAGAUGCACACCAUGUAUUCAGUAUUUUCUUAUACACAGCAAAAUAGAGUCACUCAACCAAUUAAUGGAGGUGGGCAGUCAUCUGUACCAUUGUCAACUAGAGCUCCUAGCAGAAAAAAUAUUUUCAAGUAAUAAUCUCCCUGUAUAGCUACAAAAGAAGCAAUGGAUCUGAUAUUGUUUACAAUUAUAGUUUAUGUUGCCUCCA